CCCUUUUGUUUUGGCUGUCUUUAACAACAAUUAGCGUUCGAGUAGAUUGACAGUCACUUCGCAAUGUUGUGUACGUCCAUGUUUAUGUCCAGGGGAGCUAUAUGACAUAUUUAUUACGUCCAGUGUGCAUCCAGAUCUUACAUGUGGAGAAGGCAUCUUUAACAAAGAUUAGUCUUCUCGUAGACUGACAUGGUCGAUCCACAAUGUUUUUGGCACCCAUGUUGGCGUUCCUGGGAACUACAUAACUUUUCAUUCCACUUAGUCUGUUUUAAAUUGAUCUCAUGCUAUGAGGAGACGGCGUAUUUAACGACAAUGAGUGUUCCAGUAGAUUCUGCCAUGAAAUGUGAUCCACAAUGUUGUGUGCAUCCAUGUUAAUGUACUGGAAAACUAAGUCACUUAUAUGUUCUACGCAGUCUGUCUCAAAUCUUACAUUACGGGGAGUUGGUUUCUUAAAUGAUAACAAGUGUUCCAUUAUAUACCAUUUGGUUGCUCCACAAUGUUGUGUGCGUCCAUGGUUAUGUUCAAGGGAAGUACACGACUUAGUUGUUCUAUCCAGUCAGUCUGUCUCAGAUCUUAUUCUAUAUGGCAGCGGGGUCUUUAAUGGCAAUUACUGUUCUAGUAGACUGACAUAUGGUAGCUCCACAAUGUUGUGUGCAUCCAUGUUUAUGUUUCGGGGAGAUACUUGUAUGUUCCUCGCAUACGUCUUUGUUUGAUUCAGUCUGCCUCAUAUCUUACAUUAUGUGGAGAGUCCAUCUAUAACAAUGAUAAGCAUUCCAAUAGACUGACAUGGUUGUUCCACAGUGUUGUGUGUGUCCAUGUUUACAUUCCUGCAAACAAGGCCACUUAUGUAUUUUAUCCAGUCUAUCUCCUAACUUUAUAUUAUCUUAUGAUAACAACAAUUAGCACUCCAGUAGACUGAUACGUGGUUGUUCCACAAGGUUGUGUACAUCCUUGUUUACCAGCGACGUGCAGGGGGCGGGGCUAUGAGUGCUCUGGCACUUGCCCCUUUUCCCCUUAAUGACCAAAGUGCCCUUUUGUAAAAAGAAAAAACCUGUGGCCUUUCAACGUUAAAAUGUUAUUUAACGCUUCCAAAAAAUGAGUGAAAUCCCUAUUUAAGAGGUCGUUUUACGCAUUUCCGAGCUGCUCUUGAACACAUCACCAAUGGUGCGCACGCAAACGUUCACGGAAGGCAUCACCAACCAGCUGCUGGGCUGCUCCGUGGAUGAAUCCGACUGCGUGCUGGUGCGAGUCUACGGCCAACGGACCGAACUCUUUCUGGACCGCCAGCGGGAGGUGGAAAUGUUCCGCCUCCUCCACGCAAACGGCUGCGGGCCGCAGAUCUAUUGCAGCUUCCGCAAUGGCAUCUGCUACCAGUUUGUCCCUGGAGACGUGCUGGAAGAUGAGCUGCUCUGCCAGCCCUCCAUUUACAGAUUGAUCGCAGCGGAGAUGGCGAGAAUCCACUCCAUCCCUCCGCCGAGCGCUCACCCCCCCGAGCGUCUGCUGUGGACCAAGCUGUCUCGUCUUCUCACGCUCUUAGAGGACAGCGGCGAGUUCACCGUGCAGAGUUCCACAUCCGGCCCGCAGUUGCCCGGUUUGGCGAGGUUGUCGAUGGAGGCGGAGACGCUGGAGCGGCAACUCUCGCCGUUGGGCUCCCCCACUGUGCUGUGUCACAAUGACCUCCUGACCAAAAACAUCAUCUACGACCGCCAGCAGGAGACGGUGAGAUUCAUCGACUACGAGUACGCUGAGUACAACUACCAGGCCUUUGAUAUUGGCAAUCACUUCAAUGAAUUUGCUGGUGUCCAGGACAUAGACUAUGGCUGCUACCCGAGCCGCCGGCUGCAGAGCGACUGGCUGGAGGCCUACCUGCUCAGCUACAAGCACUGCGCAGGGCAAGACGUUGUCGUCGCCCGGGACGAGGUGACGCAACUCUACGUGCAAGUCUGCAAGUUCUCCUUGGCAUCCCACUUCUUCUGGGGUUUGUGGGCCAUCCUCCAGUCUCACUACUCCUCUAUUGACUUUGACUUCCGCAGGUACGCCAUGGCGCGCCUGAACCGCUACUUUGAGAAAAAAGAAGAAUAUUUUUUAUUGAAAUGAAUUGACAAGAGGUUAGUACGUUUGCCCCAGAGUUCAAAGUUUAUGGGCUCAAAUUUCUACUCUGGCCUUCCUCUCUGGAGUUGGCAUGGCAUCCCUGUGCUUGCGUGGACUUUCUCCAGGGACUCCAGCUUCCUCCCACAUCCUAAAAAAGAUGCUUCUUGGGAUAAUUGAAGACGGUAAUUGUCCACAUUGUGAAUGGUUGUUUGUCUGGUAUACAGUAUAUGCCAAGCAAUUGGCUGGCAACCCUGUACUGUUCUAAUAUCCACAAACCACAUUUUGAAGGUCUUGUCUCGGUCUCGGAGUGGCCGUCGAAACCAGCACUGAUCUGCUGUUCUUCAACUUCAUUCAUGUGAACAAGCCCUUUGUAAAACAAAAAAUAUCUUCAAUUCAUGUGUUUUUAAUCCUCCCAAAUCCCUGUAAUGACUGAAAGCUUUACGGCGCUAUGACUGAGGGAAAAUCAAGGGCUGUGGAAGGAAUUAAUCCCUAUCCACUGUAUACUGUAGCACCCUAUGUAGUGACUUUGCCAUUUAGUAGUGCUGUUUGAAUGUACUGUAUAGUGAGUAAAGAUUAUCUUCCAUAUAGUGCCCUCAAUGUAUCAAAGAAUGCCUUUUGAAAAGUAGUGAGCAACCGAUGGUCACGAGAAACGCAAAACAUCCCAUGAUGAAUUCCACCGAUUCAUGAGUUGUGGCGUGAAAAUAUCUUCAAUAUAUAAGUAGAGCAACACAUCACAACACGGAUGGAAGUAAACUCCUUUGUAUUCAUUUGGAAAAAAAUGCACUUAGCUUCAAACAAUAAAAUACAGUGGACCCCUGCAUAUUUGCAGUUUGGCAUUCGCUGAUUCCCCUAUCUGUGGAUUUUUCUGGGGAACCUAUCCCCCGUUGUUCGUGUGAACCCCUGCUUAUUUGCGGUAAAAUUUCAUUUCUUUUAUUCUAAAGACUGUCAAUUAGUCGCAGUAUUCUUGCUUUUCGUGGUCGGGCCUGGUCCCUAUCCCCACUGUAAAAUAUACUUUUUUGUUUGUUCGAUGUUUUUUACAGAUGGUCCACCAUCUGACGUUGAUCCACCACGUUGUAAUUAUGCGGGAGCAAUAACAUAAUUAAAGGGACACUGUGUAACAUUUUCAGUUGUUUACUGGCCAAAAUCGAUGUGUUUAUAUACAGUGGGUACGGAAAGUAUUCAGACCCCCUUAAAGUUUUCACUCUUUUUUUAUAUUCCAGUCAUUUUCUAAAAUAAUUUAAGUUAAUUUUUUUCCGCAUUAAUGUACACACAGCACCCAAUAUUGACAGAAAAAAAAAACUGAAUUGUGGAAAUUUUUGCUGAUUUAUUAAAAAUUAUAAACUGAAAUAUCACACAGCCAUAAGUAUUCAGACCCUUUGCUAAGUAUUUAGUAGAAGCACCCGUUUGAGCUAAUACAGCCAUGAGUCUUUUUGGUAAUGAUGCAACAAGUUUUUCACACCUGGAUUUGGGGAUCAUCGACCAUUCCUCCUUGCAGAUCCUCUCCAGUUCUGUCAGAUUGGAUGGUGAACGUUGGUGGGCAGCCAUUUUCAGGUCUUUCCAGAGAUGCUCAAUUGGGUUUAAGUCAGGGCUCUGGCUGGGCUAUUCAAAAACAGUCACGGAGUUGUUCUGAAGCCACUCCUUCGGUAUUUUCGCUGUGUGCUUUGGGUCAUUGUCUUGUUUGAAGAUGAACCUUCGGCCCAGUCUGAGGUCCUGAGCACUCUGGAGAAGGUUUUCGUCCAGGAUAUCCCUGUACUUGGCCGCAUUCAUCUUUCCUUCGAUUGCAACCAGUCUCCCUGUCCCUGCAGCUGAAAAACACCCCCACAGCAUGAUGCUACCAGCACCAUGCUUCACUGUUGGGACUGUAUUGGACAGGUGAUGAGCAGUGCCUGGUUUUCUCCACACAUACCACUUAGAAUUAAGGCCAACAAUUUCUAUCUUGGUCUCAUCAGACCAGAGAAUCUUAUUUCUCACCAUCUUGGAAUUCUUCAGGUGUUUUUUUUAUUAUUAUUAUUUUUUUGUCUUGCACUGAGGAGAGGCUUCCGUUGGGCCACUCUGCCAUAAAGCCCCGACUGGUUGGAGGGCUGCAGGGAUGGUUGACUUUCUAGAACUUUCUCCCAUCUCCCGACUGCAUCUCUGGAGCUCAGCCACAGUAAUCUUUGGGUUCUUCUUUACCUCUCUCACCAAGGCUCUUCUCCCCCGAUUGCUCAGUUUGGGCGGACGGCCAGCUCUCAGAAGGGUUCUGGUCUUCCCAAACGUCUUCCAUUGAAGGAUUAUGGAGGACACUGUGCUCUUAGGAACCUUAAGUGCAGCAGAAUUUUUUUUGUAACCUUGGCCAGAUCUGUGCCUUGCCACAAUUCUGUCUCUGAGCUCUUCAGGCAGUUCCUUUGACCUCAUGAUUCUCAUUUGCUCUGACAUGCACUGUGAGCUGUAAGGUCUUGUGUGUGGCUUUCCUAAUCAAGUCCAAUCAGUAUAAUCAAACACAGCUGGGUUCCAAUGAAGGUGUAGAACCAUUUUUAAGGAUGAUCAGAAGAAAUGGACCGCAUCCAAGUUAAAUAUGAGUGUCACAGCAAAUGUCUGAAUACUUAUGGCUGUGUGAUAUUUCAGUUUUUCUUUUUUAAUAAAUCAGCAAAAAUUUCAACAAUUAAGUUUGUUUCUGUUUUUUAGGCACCAUAAGAUGGUAGCAAAACACUACCUGAAGCUCCUCAACUCACACCAACAUAGUUCCUUGGCAACAAGAAUAGGCGAAAACAAUACUUUGACAAGACAAGGCUUUGGCCUGAGCUCAAAAACAGUGACUCGUUGAGUUUUUCAAUAAUAAAAGCUAUGUAGUGUACUUUUCCGUUACAAUUUGCUUGUGUUACCUAAGACUGAUUAUUGUGUGUAGAUGCCAAAAUAUGACUUUAAUGACUUAAUACCCUUUGUGUAAAGUGCUCGUGCGCAUACUGUAUUUGUUUGCCCAUGCAUGAAUCUGUUCUUGUUAUUUAUUAUUUUAGUUAUUUUUGCUACACGUGGCAGGGCUCGGUCCCAUCUCCUGUGAAUAGCAGGGGUUCAUUGUACUGUAUAAUAAUUAGGGACUAGGGAAUGAGUGAAUGACUAUUUGAUGGGGUCCUUGGUUAUACAACGGCGUUCCAUACCUAUGUCUGUAUCGUAACCCGAAUUAGUACUUAAGUCGGAACAUACAGUAUCACUAACCAACAUAUAAUUACAGUAAAUAUUUGUAAAAUAAGGCACUCUGUGGCCAUAAAUAUAAUGAACAAUAAAAAAAGAAGUAUGCUGUUAAGAUAAAUAAAUGUAUAUUUUUACACUGCUGUGCAAAUGAGUUCAUUGGAUCUUAUAGUACCGUGUGUGCUUUAUUGAAAAUUAAUAAAUGGAAACAUUAUGUACAGAGGCCAACAACAAUCAUCCGUUUCAAAUGAAACGUAGAACUAAUCGUCAUUUAACGACAUUCAUUAACGAGCGUAACCGUGAUGACGUCUGCUGAUCGUUUUAUCGUUCCGUCAACAUCAACUAUGGUAACACAAGAAAAAAGAACGGCAACGCUUCUCUAACAGUCGUCGUAGGCCAAAAUGAAUGAAAGACUUUCUUUCCAUGAGUGCAUUGUUUCCAACGCCGUGGUGCCCGCGUUGGCCUAAACAUCAUCACAAAGCUCUUAAUCUCAUUUUACUUCACUCUGUUACACCACACACACACACACACAAACAUACACGCACAUGUACACGCACAUGUACACGCACACACACGCACACACACACGCACGCACACACACACACACACACACAAACACACACACACACACACUCCAGACAAAUCCUAAAAGUUAAAAAAACAAAAUUCAACAAAGGUUUUGAAGCUUUUAUAUUGCUUGUAAACACAUCACAUCAUAUGACAUUCAACAUUAGAUUCAAAUUUCAGUGUUAUUUUUAAUAAUUCAUUCCCCCCCAAAAAUCUGCCUUUAAAAAAAAAAAAAAAAAAAAAAAAAGGGCUAAUACAGGGGUUAGGGACCAAGCCCUGAAAGAUUUGUGCGUAAUGGACACCUCCUCCACUAGUCAAGGUCAGCAAGGUCUUCUCUCCCUGUCUAAACACUUUCAGAAGCACUGACAUUUACCACCUAAAUUCUAAUAUUUGUUCCAUAAAAUGUAUGAAUUUAUUCCCAAAAUUCUAUUCUCUUCAUUUUGUAGCGUUUCUCUUGGCUGCACAACUUUCAGUAUGUUUAUGUGGAUGCUAGAUUUCAGUCUCUAUGUGUUGCCAAGUAAAUCUAAACUGCCCCCGGGCCUUCAGAAUGAGUAGUGCUGGCCGAUCUAAUUUGAACCAUAUCAGCAAUGUGACCGUUUCUUUAAGCAAUCACAUUUCAAAUUCCUCCUCACGGGGCCAGCAAGCUGACCGUCCAUGACAUCAGCAUUAUUCUGUUGUCUGAUUGGUUGAUGAGAGAAAAACUUGUUUCAACCUAGUUCGACUAGCAUAACACAAAAGGGGGACCACCACCCCAGUCUGCCAAUCCAGAGGCACUGUCCCCGAUGUCCACGCGAUGUUGCAGAAGCGUGUUAACCAGGACAGCCCCACAGCAUCCAGAGCCUUGAGGAACUCAAAUCUCAUCCCCCCCCGGGGCCUUGCCACCGAGGAGCUUUUAAACCACCUCGGUAACCUCAACCCCAGAGAUAGGAGAGCCCGCCUCAGCGAACCCAGACUCUGCUCCCUCAUGGGAAGGUGUGUCGGUGGAAUUGAGGAGGUCUUCAAAGUAUUCUCCCACCGGCUCACUACGUUCUGAGUUCCCAGCAGACCCUCACAAUACGUUUGGGCCUGCCACGUCGGACCGGCAUCUUCCCCCACCAUCGGAGCCAACUCACCACCAGGUGGUAAUCAGUUGACAGCUCCCCCCCUCUCUUCACCCGAAUGUCCAAGACAUGCGGCCGCAAGUCCGAUGACACGACCACAAAAUCGAUCAUCGAACUGCGACCUAGGGUAUCCAGGUGCAAAGAGCACGUGUGGAUACCCUUAUGCUUGAACAUUGUGUUCGUUAUGGACAAUCCGUGAUGAGCACAGAAGUCCAAUAACAGAACACCGCUCGGGUUCUGUUCGGGGGGGAGGGGGCGUUCCUCCCAAUCACGCCCUUCCAGGUCUCACUGUCAUUGCCCACGUGAGCAUUGAAGUCACCCUGCAGAACAAUGGCGUCCCCAGCGGGAGCGCUCUUCAGCACCCCCUCCAAGGACUGCAAAAAGUGUGGGUACUCUGAACUGCUGUUUGGUGCAUAGGCACAAACAACAGUCAGGACCCGUCCCCCCACCCGAAGGCGGAGGGAGGCUACCCUCUCGUCCACCGGGGUGAACCCCAACGUAUGUACCACGUUAUUAGUUAAAUUUUGAUUCUGAACUGCUCCAGGUGAUGUACUGCACAUGGCACAGUUGUGUGUUUUUGUAUAGUAUAGAUGGUUCGAUAAUUGCAACGUGAUAGAGGUGGAUUAAGACCCAGGUACCAAAUGUACUGGUUUGAAAUAAGUAUUAUGAUAUCAUAGUUUUUGGUAUAUUUAGGGUUGAAAAUGUUAACACAGUCAAUUCUAAAUGUUUUGGGGGUGGAGAAAAUGUUUUCUCUUCCCCUUGGGGCUUGGUCCCUAAUCCCCGGGAAUAGUGAGCGUUCACUGUGCUAAAAAUUACAUUUAUUUUGUCCGCGAUGGUAAAUGUAGCGGCCAGAAUGGCAUUCUUUGCACAUGGCCACAGUGGGAACAUCGCUCCACUCACCAAGGCUGCAGCUGUGUCUUUGACUCAAACAAUCGGCGUUACUUCUACAGUGGCAUUCUCUCCCCCCGUCCCCAUCUUGCACGUAUAAUAUUUAAUUAGUAGACUAUCGCACUUAAAAGGACCCAAGGACUUUGCCUGAAAGACGAAAGAAUUGGCCUUUUGUCCAUCGUCAUUUUGCCGGAAAAAAAUUGCUGUAGAUUUCCUCUAAUUGCAUUAACAGAGAAGUAUAGGCCUUUAUACCACCCUUCAAAACACGUGCAUAGCUAAAGCUCUCAGAUGUUUUUUAAUAUUUAUUAAAACAUUCUUUUAUGCGGGCAUUGCAUUUAGAUGGGUGUUAUUGUCAAAGGCUUGCCAAGGCUGCUGACCCUGCUGUUCUGCCAACACCCAUUCACAAUUUACAGUAUACGCGCCACCACUUUUCAUUACGAUGCUAGCUAAUGUAUGUACACACUAACUUGCUUUUUAUGUUUUUCUUUUGAGUCCUUGCAUCUUUUGUUGCGCACGGUGGGGUUUUCAAUUAAAUGCUGUUUCAAGACCAUUUCUUUUAAGCGUGGGCAACUGCGUAUAUCACUUUAGCACUGAUAAAAUAGUCGAUUUUUCUUCAGAAUGUACGAUUAGAACACUUGUCGAUGCACAAAUAGUAUACAUUUUGGCCAAGAAUAACCUUACAUCAUUUUCUAUAUUAGAUUAGUAACAAUGAGCCUCUCUGACAUUAAUAAACGGAUGAUUCAUUCUUAAUCAAUGUUUCAGAGAAAAGUGAAAGUGCCGGAAAUUCAGGUGUUACAGCAGUAAGAAAUUUUAUGUUAUAAAUAAAUAAUACACGGCCCGACUGGUUAGAGCGUCUGCCUCACAGUUCUGAGGACCGGGGUUCAAUCCCCAACCCCGCCUGUGUGGCGUUUGCAUGUUCUCCCCGUGCCUGUGUGGGUUUUCUCCGGGCACUCCGGUUUCCUCCCACAUCCCAAAAACAUGCAUGGUUGGUUAAUUGAAGACUCUAAAUUGCCCGUAGGUGCGAAUGGUUGUUCGUUUAUAUGUGCCCUGCGAUUGGCUGGCAACCAGUUCAGGGUGUACCGCGCCUCCUGCCCGAUGAUAGCUGGGAUAGGCUCCAGCAGCGACCCUUGUGAGGAUAAGCGUCUCAGAAAAUGGAUGGAUGGAUAAAUAAAUAACACAAAAAUAUCUUACUCUUCACUCUUUUGAGAUUCCCUCAUUACCUUUCACAGACCAACAGGCGUAGAUCUCUCAAAGAACCUGUCAAAAUGCAGUGAAUCUACAGGCCCAUGUUCACCUGCUGUCAGUGACACGUAGAGCUGAGUUUCAUUUUCAUAGUUAUGGUAGGACAUUUUAUAGUUCCGUAAUAGCUGGCUUAAUGGAAGAAGAGGGGUCCAAUGAUUGAACCCUGUGGAACUCCACAGGUCGUUGCCAAUUAUCAUCAUCAUAGUCUUCCAUCAUUAUCAUCAACAUCAUCGAGCCAUCCAUCCGUUUUCAGUUUCAAGUCUCUUUAAAAUGUCACUUUCAGACUAAUUGCAUACACUUUUUGCAUGAAAGUGUUUUGUGUGGCUCCACUCUGGCAUUAUGGUAAUGAUGUAGCUUGUGAAAUCUUCGCGUACAGACUUCAUAAAAAUAAAGCACGCACGCACUUGGGUGCACACACAAAAGGGGCGUCGCUCCACACAGGGUGGCGCUAAAUCCUUUUGGGAAUUACAAUUAGGAUUUACGAUGUGGCAGCAGAGGAGAUGGCGGGAUCGGCUGCCGCUCGCCGCAAAGUCAGGAUGUGUGGCAUGACCUCACGCACGCACGCACACACGCACAAUGGAACAAUAGGCCACAUUUACUGUAACCGGCCACCAAAAUAUAAAGAAGACGUGGAAAAAAAGCUCAAGUUUGGAAAAAAGAAAUCCGUGUCUUGGAAAUAAUUAGAAGUGUGGAAAGACAUUGGCACACUUACCGAUGCAGUCAUGGAAGCAAAUCUCUAGCAGUGGCACCUGCAACUCACACAAAACGCCCAACAUGGCGCACAUACGCGGACAAAGACGAGAAAUGCUCAACACACCAUAGUAGUCCGGUGGAUGAAAAUCUGAAAAGUCUGCUAUUUCUGAUUUAUUUCUUCAUUUUCUUGAUUGUCUUUCUCACCACUAUGACAUGUACUGACACUUUAAAAAAAAAACACCCCAAAUUCUCACAAUAUUAGUAGGAUAUCAUGUGUAAGAAUGUUUUUAUAAGUUAGACUGUUUUCUGGCAAGGUUUAAGAUUUAGUGGUGAUGAUGCUAGUCUGAAAAAACGUAACUUUAAAUUAUUUAUUUUAAAUUUCAACAAAUUAAUUAUAGUUACCAUAAUGUCAACCUUUACUUGUCCUCCUAGUCACCCACAGUGUCACUUUCUUGCUUAUAGUAUUGUAUGAAAUACUGCUAAAUUGUGUGGAUCCAUGACUUUUUGUAAUGUCAAAUGCAAAACGUUUUUGCAUCUGCGAAUAAUUUUAACAAUCAGGUUAUUUUUCUGCAACCACGAAAAAAUGGUGACGGCGCUGUGCUAAAAUGAUUUGUAAAUUGUCACAAAUUCAAAAUAUUGGAGCAGAGUUUUAACUCUUUACAAUUACUUUUACCUUAUGUUACUUUUUUGCUAAUUACAUUCACUUAUUUUUGUAUGAAAUCCACAAAAUUGUGUGGAACUGUGACUUAUUGUAAUGAUUAUGGCUGAAAUAAUUUUAUUUGUCAAUUAUUAUAUGUUCUUUCUUGACUAUCUUUCUUAUCAUUAUCAGUACGGCAAGUAUUGACACUUUUUAGAGCCAAGACUUCAAUUUCGUUUUACCCCCAAAUUUUGUAGGUAAGAAUUCUCUUAAUAGUCAUGAUUGUAUUUUCUGGCAACUACAAAAAAAUGUGCUCAAAAUGCUUUAUAAAUUGCCAGAAAUUCACUAUAUUGUACCAUAGUUUUUUUUAAACCCUUACAAUUUCUCCCACCCAACUUUUUGCAUGAAAUCCUACUAAGUUGUGUGCAUCCGUGACUUAUUGUAAUUAUUGUUGCUAAAAUCUAUUCAUAGACUAAAAUAAAAUAAAACCACAUGAAAAUC